AUGGCUCCAUUGAAUCAAGUGACUGGACAAGACUUUGGGGAUGCGCUUCAAGGACCUGCUCUUCAGCCUCCAAGUGGUAUCACCCCAAAUUUCGACAACCCGCCUAAUCGAAAUGUCUAUGCGUACGCAGCUCUCAUCUUUGGGAUAUCUCUGUCGUCAAUAUUUGGUCUCCUUCGCGUUUACGCGCGGUUAUUCUAUAUCAAGAGGGUCCACAUAGCCGAUCUUCUCGGCGUUGCAGCAUUCGGCACGUAUGUAGGAGCGACAUACUCACUUUUUAGUAUCCUGAAUGCUUGCGGGUACUUCGUCCACCAGUGGAAUAUGCAUGUUAAGGACUUACUCGUUUUUAACAAGGCCUACAUGUUCUACUGUGCUACGGUAUUGACCAUUAAAUCGGCAAUCGUCAUAGAAUGGAUGUUUAUCUUUGUUCCCAAGUUUACUCGCAAUGCAUUCUUUUGGACGCGUCAGGUAUUGCUGUGGAUUAACAUUCUAUUCUACAUUGCCAUGGUGAUCCUGCCGAAUGUCGCAUGCCAUCCCCACGAAAAGCUUUGGAAUCCUCUUUUACCCGGAAAGUGUAUCGAUACAACAUUUUCUGGCACUUUGGUCUCCGCGUUUAAUUUUACAGUAGAUAUUCUUCUCUUUGUUCUUCCGCAAAAGGUUAUUUGGGGAUUGCAGAUGUCAACUAAGAAGAAACUCGGGUUUUCUCUAAUCUUCAUUAUUGGUAUCCUGGCUUGUAUUUCUGCUGGCUUUAAGGUGGCGGCGUCGAUUCCCUACAACUCCUCGAGAGACACGACUUACACCUUUGCGGCCUUAUCACUAUGGUCUUUUGCUGAGAUAACGUGCGGAAUAUUGGUCUUCUGCAUGCCAUUCAUACCAAAAGUUCUAGCAGAAUUGGAGUUAGCUAAACUGGCUUCAACGUUGCAGUCGUGGGCCGGAUCCUCAACGGAGAAGUUGAAAAGAUCCAAGUCCCGAGAUCCUAUUCAGUCUGAAUCGAAUACUGACACUAGCCCGAAGAUUUCCGGGUCAAAUGCGUACGACUUUACGAGCCACGACUCGGGAAAUGAUGUUUCACAUUCCUCGACCAAACAGGACUCUGCGAGCCUUGACGAUAAUAGAGCUGCUAUUAUCCGAACAACCCAAUUCACAGCAGACGAGAUCUAUGGUCCCCAGGAUAGGAGUAAUGAGCUCAAACGCCAACAUCCAUGGAUUAUCUAA